AUGAGAGGUGUCAAUCUUGGUGGUUGGCUCGUUGCGGAAAACUGGAUGACAAAAGGAUCGCCCGCAUGGAAUGGAGUUCCUGACGACAUCGCCAACAAGGGUGAAUUUCAAACAAUGCAAUAUCUUGGUCAUGCCAAAGGUGAUGAUCAAUUCAAACGACAUCGCGAUUCAUUCAUUACUGAACAAGACUUUCGUGAUAUCUCUGCCGCCAAAAUGAACACUGUUCGAAUUCCUGUUGGGUACUGGAUCACAGGAUUCGACAAUAGCGGUGGUGGUGAUCCGAACGGAUGGCGAGUAUUUGCUCCUAAUGCAAUCAGUUAUCUUGAUCGAGCUAUUCGAGAUUGGGCGCCACGAUAUAAUUUGGUCGUCUUAAUUUCAUAUCACGCUGCCAAAGGUAGUCAAAAUGGAAUGGAUCAUAGUGCACCAUCUGAUCCGGGAAACUCCCACUGGGGAAACUACCCGGAAAAUGUUGUAAACACCUUGGAUGCUGUCGAGUGGUUAGCACGAAGAUAUAAUGGCGAUGCAGCAUUUCUAGGCAUUGGUCUGCUCAAUGAACCAUCGGGUACAACCCCAGAAAGCGUAUUGAAACAAUACUAUUAUGAUGCCUAUGGACGCAUUCGUCUUUUUUCAAGUUGUCUUCUAGUUGUUUCUCCUUUACUCUAUCAGCAGGGACCUUAUGAUAGCGAUUGGAAAAAUUUCAUGCGAUGGCCCAAUUGGUACAAUGUUCGUCAUGAAUGGCAUCGUUAUCAAAUUUGGGGUUUUGAAGGUUGGGACAAGAAUCGUCUGAUUUCUUAUGCACAGAACGAACUAAAAAAUGCUGUAAAUGCAUGGGUAGGUAACUGGUUAUUCAUUGGUGAAUGGUGCAUUGCAUCGUCGGCUAAUUUCGACAAUGACGAUGAUCUGCGUCGCUAUGCUCAAGCUCAACUCGAAGCCUUCAAAGGAGCCACCGGUGGUUGGACCUUUUGGACAUGGAAAUUCUACAAUGAUGAUGGCUCACGAAAUGGAUGGAGCAUGAAAGCUAUGGUCAAUCGAGGUUUCAUUCAACUUUAA